AUGAAUGUCGGGCGUGACGAUCACACUCACCUCAUUGAAUUUACUGGACGAAGUACCUCGGUAGUGGGUAAACCGGGGCCAUCAUUGUUCAUUCGCUUGCGUUUCCAGCCACCACGAAUGAAGCAGAAAACCUGUGUGCACAUCGAAUGCGGUGGAGAAUUGAGUGCGAUUGUUGAGUAUCUCAUUUCGAUCCAAUCUUAUCUGCUUGCUUACCAUUUCUAUCCACUACUCGUCACAUUUUAUGAACUGCUCGUCAUGUACCAUUCGUCUGCAUUCCUCCAGCAGACACUGGGAGUGGGAACGGAGAAGGAGAGGGGAGCCAUGGAGAAAGGUAAUUAUUGA